AUGCGGCUUGUUCCGCACCUUUUUCGCAGUAUCUCAACUGCUGCCAAUGACCCUCAAAAAAUCAGGAAUAUUGCACUCGUUGCCCACAUAGACUCAGGCAAGACUACACUCACUGAAUCCAUCCUACUCAAAUCGUCAUACCUCUCGAGUUCCGGUUCCGUGGACACGGGCAGCACUACAACAGACUUCUUGCCAGCAGAACGUGAACGAGGUAUAACCAUCCAAUCCGCCAGCAUUCCCGUGCAAUGGAAGGAUAAACUGUUCAAUCUAAUUGACACUCCGGGUCAUGCUGACUUUGGCAUGGAGGUAGAAAGCGCAAGUCGCGUCGUAGAUGGUGCAGUCGUCUUGAUCGACUCUGUUGAAGGUGUGGAGGCCCAAACCAAAGGUGUUUGGCGCCAAUUGGACCGAUACGGUGUCCCUACUCGUAUCAUGUUCCUCAACAAACUUGACCGGCCAGGGGCGUCAUUUAGCGCAUCUGUUUCCUCGCUUUUAGCCAACCGCCUCCAUCCCCACCCACUCCCAUUAACUCUCCCAAUUGCGUCCUUUGACCCGCAAGACUAUGCCCAUGCGGAGCCUGGUAUCCAGGGAAUCGUAGACCUCGUCAACUGGGAAAUAUGGCGCUGGAAAGACCCAGACGCCGACCCAACCCGACAUCCCCUGCCCACAAAUGGCGACGAAGUUGCAGCUGGUGCUGGUCUACUGCCCAUCAACCAUCCGAUUCUCCCUCAUCUUGCUCCAGCAAGGACUGCUUUGUUGGAUCGACUAGCCAUGUCCUCAGAUGAACUCAUGGACUCAUUGCUUGAGCUCCCAAGCAGUCACCCCGGCUACCUAGACUUCAACAACAACACCCUCAUGAAACAUCUCCGUCAAGCUACCUUGCGAAAUGAAGUUCUGCCAGUACUGUGCGGUGCAGCGGUAAAAAAUAUCGGGACAGAUUUGGUCAUGGAUUAUGUUGGUGCAUUGUUGGCCAGCCCGCUUGACUUGGAACAUGACCCCCAACGAAAUAAUUCACCUGUAAGGCUUCUCGCUUGGAAGGUGACCUGGGACAAACGGCUAGGUUGGAUGACCUUCGUUCGUGUCUACUCCGGAAAAGUCACUCGAAAAACGUCGCUGAUAAACACGACGCGUGGCCAGAAGGAGAGAAUCUCAAAGCUCAUGUUAUUAUAUGCUUCCCAGCCAGAAGAAGUCGAGGAGCUGCCUUUUGGAACCGUCGGUGUCCUUCUUGGAUUCAAGCAUACGCGGACCGGAGACACACUCGAGUCGUCGGGUGCCUCUGCCUCAGCUCGAUCUUCGCUACGUGAAAUCACAGCCCCCCCUGCAGUUAUCGCCGUCUCGGUUAUCCCUAAUUCACACUCUGAUUUACAACCUGUCCAAGACGCACUGGCGGCACUUUCUCGAACAGACCCAUCGGUUCGCGUCGACACCCAAGAAGGCCAACUUCUCGCUCAUGGUCUUGGGGCCUUGCAUCUUGAAAUCGUGGAAGGUCGCUUGCGUGACGAAUGGGGCGUCAAUUUCGAGUUUGGGACCAGACGGGUUAGUUAUCGAGAAGGUCUAGGCUCAGGCAUCUCUGCGAAGGCGGAUUUUUUUAGCAGGAUGCGCGGUCCGCAAUCCCGCUCAUGGAAAACUGAUGUUGGGGGCAUUUCGACAACUGUUGAUAUCACGCUCUCAGUACGAUCAUUGGGCUCAGAGGAAACCGGCGAUCCGACAUGGGACGGUAAUGUUGUCGUCGAUCGGGAUGGUAAACCAUUCGAUAGCCCGAACAACGUAUCGUCGACUUCACCAAACGUUUUGGUCGCACAAGGGAUCGCUAGUGCCCUUUCCAACUCUCCUCAUACGGCUCUUCAAAUGUCGCAUGUUCACGUCCAAGUCCACGGAUUCGUCAUUCCUCCCAGUGCUCCAACUAGUAUCUUGACUAGCGCAGCAGCAGUUAUUCUUCGCGAAUUCUUGCGGGAGGCGGGCAUGGGUCCUAUUUUGGAGCCAUUCGUCACAGUGAAGGUGUCUGUCAAUGAGGAUAGCCUUGGUAAAGCAGUGAAGGAUUUAACAGAACAUGGAGCAGAGGUGUUUGAAGUCGAUACAGGCUCGUCGGAAGACGAAAUUGGCGGAUACCCUGAGGACGGGAAUUACAUUCCUCCUCUGGAGCUUUCCCCGUCUGGUCACGUGAAACACGGUGCUACAGGAUCUCUGCGCAUGAAGCGGUCAAUAAAUGCAGUUGCACCACUGAGCCAAAUGCUGGACUAUUCCAACCGCUUGCGGGCUCUAUCUGGUGGACACGGAACUUUCGAGAUGGCUAAUGCAGGGUUCAGAUUCGUCUCAGAUUCGCGCAAAACAGAGAUUUUGAAAGAGCUAGGCCGCGCUUGA